AUGCACUUCCUGUGGAGCACCGAGGAGUUCGGGGACACCUUCAACUACCUAGCCUUCGGCUUCUUCCGCGACUUGGACCCGGUCAGCCCAUUCCUCAAGCUGGAGGUCAUCCCGUCAACCUCCCACGCACCGGCCGUCCACCUCCGAUGCCCUUACAACAACCGCUACCUGAUGGUCGUCCCACAAAGGGAGCAUCUCGUCAUCGCCGGCGAAAGCGAGAUGAGAGACGACCCCAACGACCAGACGUCCACGCUCUUCUACCCUUCCUUCCCGUACGCCACCGACAACCUCGUCGGUUUCUACCACAACGCUACCAACCGCAACGUCAGAGUUUCCCAACUGGAGAACCCGUUUGUGGUGGCGUUAAGCCCGCCAGCUGGCAUGGAGUACUUCAGGUACUUCCCUUACGAGUCUUACGACGAGACGAUGGCUCGCAAGGACGAGGAGAUCAAGGCGAUUACCGAGUCGCUGGAGGAGUUCAAGGGGAGUAAUGGUGAGAGCCUGAGUCCGGAAGAGUUGAUUGGGCAGCUGAGGGAGAGGAUAGCGGAGCAGAACAGGGAGUUGGAGGAGUUGUACGAUCAGAUCGGUGGUCGACCUAAUGUUGUCAAGGCCGCACAGAUUGCCGGAGCCACCGCCUGA